AUGAAGACGUUCGUAGUGUUAUCCAUGGCUUUAGCCGUUGCCUCAUGUGCGGCCAUUGAAGACUCCAGCAGCAAGAAGGAAAAACGUGGUCUCUGGGAGCUGGAAAGCGAUCACGUCGAUUUCGGCUACGAACAGAAAGUGGUCACUAAGAAUAUCCCAGUCCCGUAUCCGGUUGAGGUCGAAAAGCCCGUGCCUGUUGCGGUGAAGGUCCCCUACGCAGUGGAAGUGGAGAAAAAGGUUCCAGUCUACGUUGAGAAGAAAGUUCCGGUCUAUAUCGAAAAGAAGGUCCCUGUUCACGUUGACCGGCCGGUUCCGUACCCGGUCGAAGUGAAGGUCCCCGUUAUUCAGAAGGAAUACGUCGAAGUCCCGAAACCGUACGCAGUCCCCGUUGAAAAACCCUACCCUGUGUACGUUAAAAAGCCCGUCUACGUUGAAAAGCCCGUUCCGGUAACCGUGCAUAUUAAGAAGCACAAGAAGCCUAUUCUAAAAUUGUUUUAG